CAAAGAAAUGCCAUUUUCACGGCGUCUCGAGACUUCCUGUUCUAUGGUAAAAUGGGGAUGGGGUAAGUAUAUCCGGUAAUAAAGACCGAUAGACAGGCGACGUUGCGUCGGUGUUGUAAACGUAGCAGUUACUUCCGUGUCAACAGUUCAUUACCGUGAUACCUACUAAUGCUUGCGCGACCAUCAAAAAAGUCUUAUGCAGUUAGUUGGUAUUUAGCAGACCCACAACCACCCCUUAGGUGACUGUAUAGGUACUACUUGCCUGCUCGAAUCAGUGCCUGAUAUUCUCGAUACAUGUCCCAUUUUUCUUCGCAAUAAAUUAUUUUUCAGAUAUUAUGUAAACGUCAAUACCGUCACAAUUAAGUAAGGAGUAUUCAAUAUGGACUAUUUUUGUUUAUUAAUUGGACUCAUAUCUGAACACAGUCUUCGCGAAUUUAAACGUAUAUUUUAUUAGCCUUCCGUGCAUCAUGUCACGGAUCAAUAUUUUUGAAUUAUUAUCCGCAGAGUUAAAACAUCGCAAGUUAAGUUUGUUAUGCACAAUGUCUAAAUUUCGUUUCAGUUAUCGUCCCCAUUCUAGACUUUGCGACCAGUGCCCUCUACCACUUAAUGUUUUGGAGGAUCUACCAAUGUGCCACAUGCCUCUCGUAUUUGCAGUGGCAAUUGCUAAUUACAAUAAUCGCAGUUGGUUGUUUAUUCUGGACAGCUACUAGGGCCGCAUCCGGGUCUAGAGAUAAUGCUCGCGGCAUUGUCGCCGGUUUCGAUACAAAAACAGAUGGAACAAUUUUGAACUUGAGAAGCGUUCCCGUCUCCAAAUCAAUAAGACCGCAACCACCUCAAAAACAAAUGAGUCCACAAAGGAGACUGGUAGAAAAAAGUCCUCAAGAAAUGAGAAGUCUCACGACACCGGUAACAGCAACUACAGCUUAUUGCAGAGAUGUUAAAAGUUGGAAUUCAGCCAUUCCAAAGCCAACGCCAACACAUUAUCCUGGCAGUUUAAAUAGGUCGCUUAAGAAGCCUGACAAUUGUUGCAGAUCAAAUAAAAUGCCUUCUCCAUGCAACAAUAGAAAAUCAAUUAUUAAGAGUAACAAAAGUUUCAAGCCACAAUUAGAAGACAUAAAGAGUUCAUUUUUGCUGUUAAACAAUACAAACAAAAAUGUGAAUACUCAACAAUCUCAAGGUAUACAACAACAAUACAUGAGGGUAGACAUCCAAUGAGUUAAGCUCAGCAGGUCCAGGCAGUGUCUAAACCAAAUCCAUUGAGUGAGAGUAAAAGGAGAAGUCAAUUAAUGGAAUCUAUGAAAAAAUUCAAGACCAAAAAAUUUUGGAAUGACUCAAGUAUGUAAAAAUUUUAUAUAAUGGAUUGUGUUCUGAGUUUUGAAAAUUAAAUAUAUUUUUUUAAAUGUGAUUGUUUUGCGUUUUAUUGCAGAAUAUGAAAGAAUAGAGGGCCUGAAUUGGAUAUCAUGGAGAUAAAAUAACAUGUGAACAGAACAAUAUUUCUCAUAUGAAUUUAUUGACAGUAAAUGUUUUAUAUAACAUACAGAAUUUACGAGCAUUUAAACAUAAAUAAUAAAAUUGAAAACUUAUCUUCAAUUUUCUUUAGAUGAGCCUGAGCCUUUUCCAUCCUUAUCCUUGUCUUUCUGGUCCCUAUCAUCU